ACAGUGAGAGUUUGUUUCGUGCAAUAUUUGGUUGGGUUUCAAGUGUAUUUAUCGUAUAAUUCAAUUAAUAUGAAGGAAUUUAAAUACGAUGUCGUAGAAUUGAUACGUGGAGUUCAAGAACGACCGUGUCUAUGGGAUAAAACAUUGGAGAACUAUAAAGACCGCGUCGAGAGAAGGGCCGCUUGGGAACAGAUAUUCCGAACUUUGGAUGAGAGAUACGACGAUAUGUCCGCGGAACAAAAACGUACAAUGGGGGAACUAAUUUUAAAUAAAUGGACCAACAUUCGUGAUACUUUCGUGAAGUCCCUUAAAACUAAAAUGGGCAAACCAAAACGAAAAUACCUUCUAUAUCAUCAUCUCAAGUUUCUAACCAAAGUCGUUGUAACCGAUGGAGAAUGUCUUGAACCAAUGGAUGACAGUUCUAAUCCUGCUAAUCUUUACAUGAAGCAAGAAGAACCAGAGAGCGAGUCCGUUCUAAGUAGAAUUAGUACUAGUAAGAAUGAUGAUAGCGAUGAAGACUACGUAUCAGCUGAAACACUUAGUAAUACUCACAAUACAAGGAAACGAUCAAAAAGAACAGAUUAUAAAGAGGAAGAUGUAUUUGCUAAUACAAGAGACUAUGAACCUAAUAGUUCGUUGAAUUUUGUUGAAGUCGAAGAAACUAACGAUCCAAGAGUGAUGAAUGAAGAUGAAGCUUUCUUUGCAUCGCUUCUACCAACAGUCGUCAAAUAUAAUGAGGAUGAAAGAUUAGAAUUCAGAAUACAAGUUUUAGCCGUGAUGAAAAAGAUUAAGGAAAAUAGGAAAUGGUCGGACUAAGAUUUUUAUUAGAUUAAUAUAUAAUAUUGACGGAAUAUUUCUUCUGAGACCCAAACAGAUGUCGUUUAUUACAUAUUGGUGUAUAUUUUUAUAGCAUAGUCUAAGUUUGAUAAUCUUUUCAUAUCGAACCUAAUAUUUAGUAUCACAUUAAUUACAAAAAAAAGUUGUCAACAACAAUAAUGUAGUGACCUUAGCAAGUAUUGAGUAAGUGC